CGCCCACUCCUUUCUCUCUUAAUUAUUAUUAUUAUUAUCAUUCUUUCUUCCUUUUUUCAUUCCAAACAAACAAUUUGUUUUUUUGCCAAUUCGAUUUGCUUCAGCGUCGAGGAGCCAUAGUCGAUUUGUUUCCCUUCUGUCUGAUCUUCUGAAUUAAGGUUCUACAGAGAGAUGGGUAGCCCCAAGAAGAAUGAAAAUAAGGGCUUUUUCGCCGCCAUGACUUCCGGCAUCUCCAUGUUCAGCAGCGCCAUGCACCGAUCUGUCAACGGAUUGCUGGGAUAUGAAGGGGUAGAAGUCAUAAAUCCGGACGGUGGUAAAGAGGAUGCAGAGGAGGAAGCUCAAAGAGGAAGAUGGAAACCAGAGGAAAGAGAUGGUUACUGGAAGAUGAUGCACAAAUAUAUUGGCUCAGAUGUAACAUCAAUGGUAACACUACCAGUUAUUAUUUUUGAACCAAUGACUAUGCUUCAGAAAAUGGCAGAGUUGAUGGAGUACUCCUACCUGUUAGAUCAGGCAGAUGAAUGUGAGGACCCAUACAUGCGGCUGGUGUAUGCAUCAUCAUGGGCUAUAUCUGUGUACUUCGCAUACCAACGAACCUGGAAGCCUUUUAACCCUAUCCUUGGAGAGACUUAUGAGAUGGCUAACCAUGGUGGAAUUACAUUUCUUGCAGAACAGGUGAGUCACCAUCCCCCAAUGAGUGCUGGGCAUGCUGAGAAUGAGCAUUUUACAUAUGAUGUGACUUCAAAGUUAAAGACUAAGUUUUUGGGAAAUUCUGUUGAUGUUUACCCUGUUGGAAGAACACGGGUAACCCUCAAGAGGGAUGGUGUAGUCAUAGAUUUGGUUCCCCCUCCAACCAAGGUUAAUAAUUUGAUAUUUGGCCGAACAUGGAUUGAUUCACCUGGGGAGAUGAUAAUGACAAACUUGACAACUGGAGACAAAGUUGUACUAUACUUUCAACCAUGUGGAUGGUUUGGGGCUGGUCGCUAUGAAGUAGAUGGAUAUGUUUAUAAUUCUGCUGAGGAGCCUAAAAUAUUGAUGACUGGGAAGUGGAAUGAGUCAAUGAGUUAUCAACCUUGCGAUUCGGAAGGAGAGCCUCUUCCAGGCACUGAAUUGAAAGAGGUUUGGCAUGUUGCUGAUGUUCCAAAGAAUGAUAAAUUCCAGUAUACAUACUUUGCACAUAAAAUAAACAGCUUUGACACUGCCCCUAAAAAAUUGUUGGCAUCAGACUCUCGUUUACGUCCAGAUAGAUAUGCACUUGAGAUGGGUGAUCUAUCCAAAUCAGGGGCAGAAAAGAGCAGUUUGGAGGACAAGCAACGCACUGAAAAGAAAAUCCGAGAAGCCAAAGAGCAUAAAUUUACACCGAGAUGGUUUGAUUUAACUGAAGAAGUGACAUCAACUCCUUGGGGUGAUUUGGAGAUCUAUCAAUACAAUGGUAAAUACACCGAGCAUCGGGCUGCUAUAGAUAACUCAGGCAGCAUUGAUCAUGUUGAUAAUAAAGAAAUUGAAUUCAAUCCAUGGCAGUAUGGCAAUUUGUCCACCGAAUGAGUGGUUUUGAUGUGUUUUUGGUUUUUGGAUGCCACAGUUAGUUGAUGUAACUUCUUUUAUUGAUACAUGGAAGAUAUUUGUUUCUAGCUAACGGUUGGCCAGUGUACAUUAUAGCUGCAGUUCAUUAUUAUGCCUUAUCCAAUGUUUUUUUUCCA